UCAUCGGCAGAGUCGAAUGUGAUUUGAAGAUGGCGAUACAGGAGUAGGGUUGAGCGGACGCUUCGUAAGGAAGCCUCUUUUUUAGCAGUAAUAGCUGAAAUUUCGAUCGCCGUUGUGUCUGACUGGGAAGUUCAAUGCGGAGCACAAGCAUGUGUCACGUCGCGAUCAAACGAGAGCAUGAGUUCUCUAGCGAUCGUCUGUAUGCGAACAGGGAUAUUUAUGAGCAUAUGAUACACAUGAUCAUACCAAUUUGUAUUUGUGUACUCGCGCGAGAUCAUAAAGCUGAUUCAAACCAGAGACACGAAAAUGGGCAAGAACUUGAGGCGUAACGAUGGUGGCGGGUUCUUUGCUUUUCGUGCUAAUGAGGGGAACAAUUCAAAAGGGGAGAGGCCUAAAACUACUAACACGAUUUACUAAUUGAGAUGGAGAUGGAUUAUCUUUGUACAUAUGUGUAUAUAUACAUGAUAUAUAUAUAUCUGCAAUUGCCAAGUAAAAAAGACAGCAAGCGAUUGUGGAAUACCAAAUGAUCAAGCAGUACUCUCGUUUGCGUAAGGUUAAUACGCACGCGAUCUAGUCAAGAAAAGAAGACUUAAGCUUACUUCUUAAAGAAGAAAUUAUAGCGUUUCGUCAUAUAAAAGAAGACGAUGCAAUCAAUCCAGAACAUGCGAGCUUAACUAUAGAAGAAACAUAAUAACAGACUUGAAUUGCAAUUGUUGUUCCAAUCGUACCAUCAAAGUAUUGCAAACAAAGACCGUAUCUCUGGAAACCGAGGAUCGUGCAUCGGAUAUCGCAUAUGAAUAACAACACACAGCAGUUGCAAUUGUGGAGUAAUUUUGGCGGUGGUUAUAAUUUGUCUUGGCGUCCCAGUAUGGAAUAUAAAAAUGUUAAAAUUCUACCCCUAAUCACACAAUCAACACGUAAUUAUGCAUCAGAUGUUGCAAAUAAAACAAAUUCAUUAAGAUUUCCUAAUUUAGUGACGGGAUAUAAAUGUGAUGCACUGCAUGCUUCAGAAACUGUUCUACGUACGCGAUAUACACCGAAUGAAUGGUUUCAGAAACAAAUGAAAUAUUACAACGAAGCAGAUGCAUGUAGAUAUUCAUCAGAGAGAGUGAGAAACGAAACUUUGCGAAUUAUUAGAGAUGCUGAAGAGAAAGUGCAAUCCGGACAAUACAAUACCAGCAGAAGACUUGGUGAAAGAAUAAAUGAUGUCAAUUUUUGGAGGAAUGAAAUAACAUUGGAAUUAGAAAGGUUACUUCAGGAAAUUGAAAAAUUGCAAGAUUGUCAUUCUGCUUUAGAUAAAGCUAUCAAAGACAUUGAAGAUCCAUUACAUAUAGCAGAAGAGUGUCUUUAUCAUAGAGAAGCUAGGAAAGAUACAGAACUUGUACAUGACGAUUCGGAGAAAUGUUUAUUUAGGGAAAUAGAAAUCUUAAAUAAAAAUAAAAUAAAAUUGGGAACUUACUUAGAUAAAUGCAAGGAUCAGCUACGAAACUGCAGAAUCUCUCAAUGUCAAUUAGAAUUGGACCUAAAGAAUAAAGAAAAUGCAUUAGAAAUAGAUACAAUGUGUCAUCACUUGAACAAUUACAGUCACGGACUGCAAUAUUAUAAUGGAAUUGAAAAAUAUGAUGCAUGCUUUGCUGAACAAGAUACAUGGAUACACACUGCUAAUCAGAUAGUUCAGAAAUCACAGACAGAGAGGAAUAAAUCUUGCCAAUUAAAGACAAAUGCAGAAGCUCUUAUGAUUAAAAUUACGCAAGAAAUGUGGGAUGCAUGGAAUAAUACGAACAAUGCUUUAGCACAUAGAUCUUCUGAAUUACUUGAAGCUAAAAAUAAACUUCAACAACAUUUACAAAUGAUACAACAAGAAAUUUUUGAUGUUGAGAAAAACAUGGAGUUGAUGCAUAAAGCUAUUGGAGAUAAGAGUUACAUUCUGAAGGUAGCACAUACUAGAUUUGAAGGUAGAAUGCAUCGCCCGGACAUAGAGCUUUGUCGUGAUUAUGCGCAUAUAAGCCUUCAGAAGGAAAUUGGAGAAAUAAAUCAUCAAAUAGAAAGAAUGCACAGAACAUUGAAAGAACUAGAGAAUCAACAUCAGAAAUUAUUAAAAACACGAGCAAUGCUGGAGCACGAUCUUAUACUAAAGAUUGACGCGAUACAUAUUGAUCGAGAAAAAGUUUCUGGUCUUAGACGUGCUUAUCCAAUUAAUAUUCUUUUUAAAUGUUAAUGCUUACCAAUAAAUAUAUAGUUAUUAUUAUA